AUGAGAAUAAUAUUUGAGAACUGACUGUGUCCUUAUGUUUUACAUGUACUGUGCUGUUUUAUGUUUAUUAUUUUAUUUAAAUCUAAAAUUUUGUAAGACUUUUACCCCAGCUUUAGAAUUGGAACACAGACAACCAGCUCAUGGCUGGAAUCAUCAUGAACAAGAAGCUAUGGGAACCCCAAGAGGAUUUUAUAUGCUUUCAUUCCAGAGACCAGAGCAUUCCCCUCAUCUCUCCCUUAGUUCAUUUGAUUGACUCUGGACUCAGGUCAGGUCCUGCCUGGAAGCCCCAUAGAAUGGGAAGCCUUGGAAGAGACCUGGCAAAUGAGUUGUUAUAGGACCUUGGAAUCCACCAGGACCAGCUCCUUUCUGGGAAGCAAUAUAGUCUGGAAGGUCAGAGACAGGCAAGGUUGGUUGACUUCCUUGAACAGUCUUGGGACACCUGGUGUUUGAGAAAGGGGGAGGAGGUAGCACUCUCUUGGGUUUCUUUUGGGAAAGUACUCCCCUAUUCACCCUCUCACUUACCCCCCUCCACCCACAAUGCUGGAGAGAGUUGCAGAAGGUGGAGUGCAAACACUGGCAAAUAUUGACAGAAGUGAAGGUCAUGGCAAGACCAUCUGGCCCAAGUCUGUUGAGGAAGGAUCAGCCUACAGUUCAAAGGCACUGGUCAACUGGAUUUGCAUAAAUAACAUGGAAGGGAAGUCAAUACAACCUCUUUUCUAGGAAGGAGGUUGUUGGUCUGAUCUUGAGUGGUGUGAGAAGACCAUUUUGAUCCAAACCGGGUGCCUAGGCUGGGUCAUUUCCAGCCCGGGUCAAACAAUUGAUCACAGGAUGUUUUUCUGGUUUAUGUGCUAUCUUGUGGUUGUGUGGCUGAUUUCUGCCUCAGAUGCCCAGAGCUGCCCAGAACUCCCUGCAGUAGACAAUAGCAUCUUUGUUGCAAAGGAGGGGGAAGGACAAAUUCUUGGGACUUAUUUUUGUAUUAAUGGCUACCACCUGGUAGGAGAGAAAACCCUUUUUUGUAAUUCCUCGCAGGAGUGGAAUGCCCCCGCCCCUGAGUGCCAUUUGGGCCACUGUCCUGAUCCUGUGCUGGGGAAUGGUGAGUUCAGUCACUUGGAAACUGUGAAUGUGAAUGACACAAUCACGUUUAAGUGCAAUGAGCAUUACAUCCUCAAGGGCAGCAAUUGGAGCCGGUGCCGAGAGGACCACACCUGGGUGCCUCCCUUUCCCAUCUGCAAAAGCAAAGACUGUGGCCCUCCUGAGAAUCCAAUUCAUGGCUAUUUUGAAGGAAUCGAUUUCAACUCAGGGUCUACCAUUACUUAUUACUGUAAAGCGAGGUACCGCCUGGUGGGCACACAGCACCAACAGUGCAUUGAUGGGGAGUGGAGUGGUGCAAUUCCGGUCUGUGAGCUGAUCCCAGAAGCUCCCAAGACAGCUUUGCAGAUUGAGUUUGAGAAGGCCCUUCUUGCCUUUCAGGAAAGUAAGGAACUGUGCAAAGCCACUGAGAACUUUAUGCAAAGAUUAAAGAAAAGUGGCUUAACGAUGGAGGAACUGAAAUAUUCUCUGGAAAUAAAGAAAGCUGAACUAAAGGCAAAAAUGUUGCUCUGACAUUGUAGUUUGAAUAAUCUGGGUCAGAGAAAUACUCUGACGAAUAAAAUUUCCUCUUGGUUCUGAAA